CGUAUUUCUCGCCGGACUUGGAGUAGCUGCCCUUGGGGCGGGACGAGGGGGUGAUCAUGGCGUCUAUGCUGGUGAAGGAAUACUGGGACGUCCCCGAUGGCACAAAUUGCCACCGCAAGGCCUAUGUCACCACCAAGAUGGGUGCCGUUGUUGGCUUGGCGGCCUCUGCCUACCACCUGGUGUUUGUGCCCCCUGACACCACUGCUGAGGCGGUGAUGAGGGCUGGGAAGUUCACGUUCUCCAUGGCUGCAGUGGGUGCCAUAUUUGGGAUUGCUUCCUGUAUCAGUGCUCAAGUGAGGGAAAAGCCCGAUGACCCAAUGAACUACUUCUUUGGGGGCUGUGUGGCCGGCCUGACCCUCGGAGCCCGGAUGCACAACUACACCACCGGCGCAGCGGCGUGUAUGUACAUGGGCGCCGCUGCCGCCCUUCUGAAGGCGGGCAAACUGGAAGGCUGGAAGCUGGCCAGCGGGCCGCGAGUCUGAGCCACGAGGCCUUUGUCGUGUGUUUUGUAUAAAGGAAGGAUCGAUAUAUAUAUAUAGGAGCCCCACUCAGCGUUUCCCCCAACAGUGUCCUCACUCUCCAGUCAAAUAAAGCCUGAAACAAACUGA